AUGGCAGAGGCAUUGCAGCUGUGGAAGAAGAUUGCAGGAAAAGAAGAUGGAGCUGCAGACAACCAGAAAACUUCAUCUCAUGUUUCAGAUGUUGAAAAUUCUGAAACUGCUGAUUUGUCAGAGAAGGACCUUCCAAAUCCUAGUGGGAGAAGAACCGAGACCCUGGCAAAGGAUUCGUCCGGUGGACCAUCCCCUGAUAAUUCUGUUUCCAAAGUGAAGAGUACCAGUAUUUUAGAUAAAGCAGUUGGGAUACUAAAGAAGAAGGCACCGGCAUUGACUGACAAAGAAUUGAACCCAGAAUUCUUCCACAAUCUUGAAACAAGGGGUUCGGAUGAUUUGCCUGUAGAAGUGGUGGUCCCACGCAGAUGUCUCAACACCUCUGAAACACAUAAUGAGGAAGAAUCGGAGCCAAAUGGUAGCAAUUCAGGUGGAAGAUUAAAGGGUCACUGCCAGCCAGAUGAUGGAUCUGUCCUCUUCAAAUAUCGUAACAUUGAUAGGGGAACUGCCGGUACAUUUUCUAGACAACGAGAUAUAGCUGAUAGGAGUGAUUUAAAUCAGAGGGAAUCAUCAAGUACUCGUGUGGGUUUCUCGAAAACUGAUGGUCAGUCUGAGGGAUUUACGAAUAACAGAGGGAAUUGGUUGGCUAUCCAGAGGCAAUUAUUACAACUGGAGAGGCAACAAGCUCAUCUAAUGAACAUGUUGCAGGAUUUCAUGGGUGGGUCUCAUGAUAGCAUGGUGACUCUAGAGAGUAGAGUACGUGGUCUUGAGAGAGUCGUUGAAGAUAUGGCACGGGAUUUGUCAAUAUCAGCUGGUCGGAGAGGUGGUAAUUUUAUGGUGGGGUUUGAGGGAUCUUCUAAUAGACAUCUAAGCAAGUAUAAUGGCUUCUCUGACUACUCCAGUGCCAAGGUGGGGAGGGGUGGGGAUGGGCGUGUUCCCUUUGGCGAAAGGUUUUCCUCGUCUGGUGGUAUUGCUUCUGGCAUGAGGGGUAGGGGCCCUCCUUGGAGAUCUGAUGCUUCUGAAGGUUGGGACUUCCACUCCUAUGGGAAAAGUGGGCAAAUGGGAUCUAGGAGAGCUCCAGGUGGUGGUUCUANACGUAUGCUCACAAGUGAAAAAAUAAAACCUGCAAGAGACAGUAUGGCAGAGGCAUUGCAGCUGUGGAAGAAGAUUGCAGGAAAAGAAGAUGGAGCUGCAGACAACCAGAAAACUUCAUCUCAUGAUGUUAGGUCACCCAAAUCAGAAAAUGAGAACGAUCAGGUUGGCAGCAGGAGAGCCUGGGAUAAAGGAGCUGGACCUGUUAGGUAUGGGGAGGGGCCUUCUGCAAGAAGUGUCUGGCAAGCUUCAAAGGAUGAGGCAACCUUGGAAGCAAUUCGGGUGGCUGGUGAGGACAAUGGAACUGCUCGAACUGCAAGAGCUGGGAUUCCAGAGUUGACGGCUGAGGCAUUAGGGGAUGACAAUAUUGUGCAAGAGCGUGACCCAGUCUGGACAUCUUGGAGCAAUGCAAUGGAUGCAUUUCACGUGGGUGACAUGGAUUCAGCUUUUGCAGAAGUUUUGUCUACUGGGGAUGAUAACUUGCUUGUGAAGCUAAUGGACAGAUCUGGCCCUGUAAUUGAUCAACUCUCAAGUGAGGUAGCAAGUGAGAUUUUGCAUGCUGUUGCGGAGUUUCUAAUGGAGCAAAACUUGUCCGAUAUAUGUUUAUCUUGGAUUCAGCAGUUGGUAGAUAUUGUUGUGGAAAAUGGAUCUGAUGUCUUGGGCAUUCCUGUGGAAAUGAAAAGGGAGCUUCUGCUAAAUUUACAUGAAGCUUCUUCAAAUGUUGAUCCACCGGAGGACUGGGAAGGUGCAACACUGGACCAACUCUUUUUGCAGUUGGCAUCAGCUUGGGAAAUUGAUUUGCAGGAGCUGGGGAAGUAAUACCUACCCAAUCAGGCACUUGGGAUUUCUAUUUUGUGUUUAACUUGAUCUGGUGGUAAGGAUUGUACAUACUGUAUCUACACAUAAGCGGAGUUACUGGGGAACAGUAUCUACAAAUGCAUGAGUUGAUCAACAAACUCUUUUAAAUGAGUGUUUGAAAUUAGGAAUUGAACAUAGGUAUUUUGACAUAAUAUAAUUUGUUUUGACAGUUGAGCAUAUUUGCCCUUCUUGGGAUUCUUAUAACGUGUAACAAACAGAGUCUGUGGUUACAAUCACCAUUAGUUGUAUGGAGCCUAUUGAAUAGACCUGCUUUCUG